UCAGUACCAAAAGCGGUAACCCCGAGCUACACUCGGGCUUACCAUGCAGCGUUGCAUAGGGAAUCCCUGCAGCGCUUACCUUGUCCUUCGCUCCCGCGAUGCGUCCUCUGCAGCAUCCCCGGCCAUCUCCUUCGGCCGAUGCCGGCAUCCGACUUCCGUGUUCCGGUCCCUGUGACGGCAGGAUGUACGGGCGCCGGAAAAUUUCAUUUUUUUAAAAAUGAUUAUUACAUACAUUUUGUCCCUACUGCUUUGUCCUGUCCCCUGCCUGCAUUUUGACUGUACUUUCUG